CUUUCUUGUAAUAGAAAGCUAAUAAUUUUUAUACCCAGGAUUUAUUAUUAUCAGAAAUACCAUACGAUUCAAAUGUUUAUUAGAUUAAUGCAUUGAAUACUUGCAUAGAAAACGAAAUAUACGUCGAAAGUAAGUUUAUUACUUUAUAUUUAUAAUCAACCAGGAAACCUAUUUCACUUUAAUGGUUUACAAUAAAGAAUAAUAGUAAUUUUUCAAGGUGGUUGACGAUAACCUUGAAUAAUCGGGCGAGCGAUCAGUAAAUACAAGUGUUACCUGUGAUUCACAGAACUACAGCUGCCAGUGCAUCCAAAACAAAAUUCAUAAUAUUUACGAUUAUUUAAAUGUUUCUUUAUUACUUUACGUUUUAAAAAAACUCGAAAGUUGCCCUGUUUACCAAAUCUGAAAUAAGCGAUCUCAAAGAUAUUCAUAAUAAUCCAUAAAUAUGAUACUAAAUUUUACUUUUUGAUGUAUCCCCACUCUGUUGCUUUGUCAUAAGCGCAUCUAGUGUCAAGUGGUUGUGUUGAUAUGGCUUGUGAUACACUUUAAAUUUCAGUUAGAGUUUGUGUAUAUUAAUUCUAUACUAAAAUAUUAAAUCAACUGCGAUUAUAUUUUAUUAAUUCCAAUCAAGGUUUCCUGAUUCCUCCCCUCUAAAAAUGGAACCUAACGGAAUGACGUUAAGACAAACUGCAGAACGGUUGGCUUCUGAAAUUAACAUAAAGAGCUUAUUAUGUCUUUACAGUACUUCUUCUGAUUUGAAUAAGAUUACUAAUAUGUUGUUAAAAAGGAAACUUGAGCUGCAAUUUUUUUUUAAAUCUGAUUUCAGCACCGAAUUAAUCAGUGUUUUGAGAUCACUAGUUCCCAUUUACAAUCUCCCAAAUGAGCUAAAUGAUCAGAAAUCAGAAAUAUUAUCAACUACACAUUGUGAAGAAUUUUUGGAAUCUAUAGAGCAUUAUCUUCUCGGAGUAAAAAAAAUGCCAAAAAAUAAAACUAAGUUGCUGGAAGAACUGCACUAUAUUAUUUUAUAUUUAGAUGUUAAUGUCAAUCAAAUACCUCCGUCUAAUAUUCAUUACAAUAAGUUUUGGGCAUUAUUAAAACUCCUUCAUGGCACACUUAUAGAUAGAGGUUUUCAAAGUGAAAAUUCAGUUUUAUGGAUUAGUGAAUUGAUACAGCUUGUUGAAAAAAAAUUCCUUUAUAUAAACAGAAAAAAUUUAAAUUGGAGAGAAUGUUCUAUUUAUCCACACCCCGUCGACAUCUUUGAAAGUAAGGAUUUGAUCACCAAUAAGACGUUUGGAGCUUAUAAGGAUUAUGUUGAAUACUUAGAUAUCCAUUUCAAACUGUAUAAAGAAGAUUUUGAAAGUAAUCUCAGAGAGGGAUUACUUCAGUAUAAAGCUAAGCUUAGAGGUGCAAACAUCAAAGAAAUUGUUGAAAUUUAUGUCUAUAAUUGUGUGAGAGUGGAAUCUAUAGAACUUGACAAAAGUGCAAAAAAUGGUAUUUUUCACAAAGUCACCAUGACUGUUGGAAAUAAAGAAGAUCCUAACGAUAUUAAUAAAUUGUUCAUUAAUGGUUCCCUCUUGAUGUUUUCCGAAUGCAGUCAGUUUUCAACGUUCAUUCUUGCUAUUUUAGUCGAUGUUUUAGAGGUGCCAGAAGAACAAAAAAAGUGCUGUAAAGCCUUGAAAGUAUCUGUCAUCGGCGACCCGUCAUGGUUGAAAGUGGGUCAUUCUUAUACCAUGGUUGAACCAAAGACAUUUUUUGAACCUUAUCACCAAGUUCUAAAAGUAUUACAAGUUUUGGAUUCUGAAAGUUUCCCUAUGAAAAAGUACAUUGUUCAUGCCGAUGUCAGUCCUAGUUUGCCUAGUUAUAUCAGUUUUAACACUGAAUAUAGCUUUGGUGGUAAAAGAAUAAAAUUAUUUGGUAAAGACAAGUGGCCAAGAAAUCUUCUAAAACUCAAUUCGCAACAGAUCGAGGCUCUUCAGGCUUCGUUGACGCAUGAAUUCAUUCUAAUUCAGGGCCUACCUGGAACUGGUAAAACUUAUCUUGCUGAGAACAUAAUUAAGAUUUUAAUCGAAAACGGACAUUUGUCUACUCCUAUAUUGCUCAUUUCAUCCAAAAAUGAUUCUGUAGAUCGCAUUCUGGAACCUCUAGCUACCUCUGGCAGAAAGGUUGUCAGGUUGGGUGGUCAAUCUAAAAGUGCUAUUCUGAAGAAGUGUACUAUUUUUAAUAUGAUUAAAAGAUCAGGCGGUAAAGAAAUGAUUGAAUCUAUAAAUAAUUUAAAAGAGAAUAUUGAAAGAAAAAUUAAUGCAAAUGAGAAAAUAGAUGAGGAAUUGAAAUUGUUUAACAGUGAACAGAAAGUGUUCCUAGAAUUUCGUGAAAAAGACGACGCUCGCCAGCUAUUGUCUGCUAAUGUUGAAAUUAUCGGAGGAACUACAGCAGGAUGUGCAAGAUUUCGAUGUAUGCUGGAUACUAUGCAACCGGAAGUUAUCAUUGUUGAAGAUGCAAAUGAAGUUCUUGAACCUCACGUUAUCGCAUCUCUUUCGAGAGGCUGUAAACAUCUUAUUCUACUAGGUGACCAUAAGCAACUUCAGCCGAAUGUAGUAAGCAAAGAUGGAUCAGAAAAAUACAGCUUGGAUGUAUCAUUGUUAGAACGCAUGGCCCGGUGCGGUAUGAAGUCUUCCGUACUGACUGAGCAGAGGAGAAUGAGGCCAGAAAUCGCUUCCCUCUUAUCACCUGUUGUUUAUCCCAACAUGUCGAACCACCCGGAUGUGACCCACUUACCAAAUAUCAAAGGAAUCAACAAAAAUGUAUUCUUUAUCGAUCAUGAUAUGUGCGAGGAAAAACUUGUUGAUUCCCAAGGCUAUCGUAACAAGCAUGAAGGAGAUUUGCUGUUAGCACUUGCAGACUAUCUUCUUAAGCAAGGUUAUUCCCAUAGCGAUAUAACCAUCUUAUCACCUUAUGCUGCUCAGCAGAAUUAUAUGAGACAGGCAGCCAGAAGCAAUCCUUCCAUUCAAAAUAUAGAAAUUUAUAUGAUUGACUCUUAUUCAGGACAGGAAAACAAGAUCAUUCUUUUGUCACUCGUGCGAAGUCAGUCUUCUGCGAUUGGCUUUUUGUCGUCUAACAAUCGCGUUACUGUUGCUCUCUCGAGGGCUAAAUGUGGUCUUUACAUUGUCGGCAAUAUGAAGACCCUAAUGAAUGGUUCACAGUUAUGGUCAUCAGUCAAUGAAGUUCUUCAAAAACAAAAUGCCAUUGGAAGAAGUAUUGAGUUGAAAUGUCAGAAUCAUCAAACAAUCACAGCAAUCUCUAGAGCGGAAGAUUUAAAAAAUAAUUAUGGCGGCUGUAAUUUACCAUGCAAAGCCAAGCUUGAAUGCGGACAUUUUUGUAGGCUAACGUGUCAUUCAUUAGCGAACGGACAUAGGAACUACAAAUGCAGAAGUCCAUGUACAAGGUUUUGCCGACGUCAACUUCAUAAAUGUAAGAAAAAGUGUCAUGAGCAAUGCGGUCCUUGCCAAGAAUUGUCGGAAAGGGAACUGCCUUGUGGACAUCGUUUACAGGUUCCUUGCGGCCAGAAUGAUUUAGAUUAUGAUUGUGUUUAUCCUACACAGGUGAUAUUUUUAUGUUUUGGUGAAACAACUGUACCUUGUUCUGAAGCAGACUCUUGCUUUUAUUCUCGAAUUGAAGUUUAAAAUAUGUUAAAAAUACAAUGUAUAUUAAUUAUAAUGAUCACAUUAAUCUUUAAAAAGAAGUUGUACAUAUAUGACUCUUCAUCCUUAUAAGCAACAUUGUUCAUGAAGCAAAAUUGUAAAUAAUUAUAAUUAGAUAUAUUUUGUUAUAUUUCCUUAUGAUAAAGAAGUAAGAAUCCAGAGUGGGCUUUCCAACGUUUUGUGAAAAUUGAGUUCGAUGAGUCAAAGUAUUCCAUCUCACGCCAUCUAUUGGCUUUUUAAAGAAUUUUAUUAGUUUAUAAACCGUUCAAGAGAUAGAGCCAGUUUAACAGAUAGGCUUGGUCCAAGGUUUAUAAAACUACAAGGUUCGCUCGGAGGAAAAAUGGUGGGGAGGAAUCAAGCUCUGGCAUAACCACUUGACCGAUAUUACCUCUCCGCCCCUAGUUUCUGGACAUUUUAAGACUAUUAUUUACCUUUCUGCAUGAAAUCAAUACUUUAACGUAUAAUAGCUUAUAAUAAUAAUAAAUUUAAAAUAUGAGAGAAAGGUUCAUUUGCUAUUUUGUUUAUUCUCUAGGUAAUUAUAAUUGUUGUAUUUUUUUAUUUUUUUUUUCAUAAAUGCAAAAUACUACAAUAUUUUGCUAGAAAACAAGUGACUAAUCUACACCACCAUACUAAGACCUAUUUGGACAUACGGAGCAGAACUUUGGGGUUCCUCAAAACACACACAUAAACAAAAUUCAAACCACACUAUCCAAAAUACUUUGUAAAAUCGUCAAUACUCCUUGGUUUGUUUCAAAUUCCAUACACACAUACAUGAAUAUACCAAAAGUAAAAUCCCAUGUACACAACAUUUCAUUCUUCUGCUCUCAAUCAUCCAAACCCACUCGUUCUGUCUCCUUCUUCCUCCCUGUUACCUGGUGAGCCUCGACAAUGACUAAAAAGACAGUGGGCCUAGAGAUCUUCUGCUGAUAAGUUAAACAAAGAUCAAGAAUAAAAAAAGACAAAAUAUACUGCAACACAUUUGCUUGAUGUGUUACAAAGCAGUGGCAAAUUUAUCGUUUAAUAAAAGUAAAUAAAUUUAAUAUUUUAAAUAAAUAUAAAACAAAUGGAAAUUAUAGAACUAUUUGAAGAAAAAAAAAAUCCAAAACUAAAGAAGCGUUUUUUUUUUUUUUUUUCUAUAAAUGUUCAUAAAUAACAAUUAGCACUCAAUACCCUUCCUAUAUCUUCAGUCUCCUACAGUUCAAACCUGUGGUCCACUCCCAGAAAACAAUAUUCUGUGUUUCCAACCUUUAUAUCCCUUCCCAUAGAACUAAGACAUUUGAAUAUUCCUUUAUUGCCUGAUCCACUGCCUUCUAGAAUUCCUUGCCAGGUGAUAUCUGCCAUGCCUCUUCCUUGUUCUCAUUCAAAUAUCAUCUCUACCAAUUCCUUCUCACAUUCCAAAAUGAUGUACAAUGAAAUAAAUAUUAUGAAUCAAAUUUUGACUGAGGUGAAUGGUUGUUGAAAUUGUUUAGGUUUUAAUUUUAAGAAUCAACCCAUAGUGCUUAUAAGAUUUGUUUUUUAUUUUACCUGAUUUCUGUUUUUCUUUUCAUUUAAAUAAUGUUUGUUUUUUUCAAAAUGGUGUUACUUUUUUAUUUGUUUUAAUAUACUUUCACUGAAGAUAUUUUAUAUAUUCUUUAAUUUUGAUUAAUGUAAUUUGUGGCCAGAUGUGGUUUUAAUUUUUUGUUCUUAAUUGUUAUUCUUAAGGGACCUCAUCCCAGAAUAAAGUUUAUUUUCUAUUCUAAAUAUGACAUUUUUAUGUCCUAUAUACAUAAUCCUAGGCAGGGAUUUUUUUUUCAAGUUUUUUGUCUUUGCCAUUAGGUUUUCCUGAUUUGUGCAAUAUUCUUUAGGUAUUAGGUAUUUAAAAUUUGUAUUCUUAUAAAUACCCAUUGUUGAAAGAAAGCCUUUUCUAACUCUUCUUCACUUAGAUGGAUUAGAAUGCAAUUCAACAUAAUUGAGCAGUAUUACGAUUUUAUUAUAGUUCUAUCUUCUACAUUUUCUUUCCGAAGAAACAAUUAGACAAUUUAGAUACAAUAUUGGCGUUUUUUUUAUUAUAUUAUUUUUGUAAGAUGCAAUUGCAGGCCUUGUAGUUGACUUUCUAUAAUAUUCCAUUAAUAGUUAUGUUAUGGAAAAUGCAAGAAAUAUUUAUAACAACAAACAAACUUCACUAACCUGUUAUUAAAAAACAAAACAAGAAAUACUCUCUAUAAUAUUAUUGUAGAGAUGGGUAAGUAGUUGACUGUUAGAAUUGUAAACAUGAAAAAAAUUAUAAAUAAUAAUUUUAAUUUUUUAAAAAAAUUUAUUUAAAGAAAUUUUGACAGUAAAUCCUGAUAAUUUUUUAAAUUAUUAUAAUAGUAUUACAAUAAUGUUUUAUUAUUAAAAUUAUUUAUUAUUAAUAUAUCUACAAACAAAAAUUGUGCUACAAUGUUGUUUUGUUUCUCUGAAUAAAUACAAAUCUUUGUUUUUUUUUCUUUUAUUAAAAAUUGAUUAUGUUAUAUAUUUUUAUGUUAUUUGCAGUAAGUGACUAUGAAAUAAAGAAUUUAAAAAUAAUCUUAUUAUCAAUUUUGUUUCAGGUCUAGAUUAUAAUUUUCUUAGCAUUUUAUUCUAGAUUGGUAAUCGUAUUUAUUUAUUUAUCAACUUGAAAUUAUCUUCAAUCAAACGCUAAAAACUCAGUUAAUUAUUCUUUUCAAUAAAAUGAACAAGAAAAAAAAAAAGCACAAUUGUGUUGAAAUAAACCUUCAGUGAUAGACUUGAAGAAAAAUAGUUUCAUAAACACUUUAAAUAAAAAUCAUCAUUUUUAAAUUUUUUAUUUAUAAAUAAUAUAUGAAGAGAAGAAUAGUUGGGGUGAUCAGCCAAAUAAGAAGGCAAAAAUAAAUAAUAAUAUUUAUUUUGACAUUUGCCGACGUUUCGACCUAAAGUUCAGGGCUAAGAAAAGAACCAGAUAACAAGGUAUGAGAAACAUGAGUAAUGUAGGUGGUAGAAUAAUGACAAUAAUAAGAACUAAGAGAUAAAUAAUAAUAACCGUUACAAAGUGUGGAAUGAUGAAGUAAGCAUAAUAAAAAAAGGUGACAUAAGUAUUAAAAUGCUUAUCUUAGAAUAAAAUGUAAAACAGAAAAAAGGAAUAUGAAGUUUUAUAAGAAAUGAAAAUAAAUAGUAAAAUUAAGAUAUUGCUAAUAGAAUAGUUAGAUAGAAAAUUGAGAUAUUGUAAAGUCUAUCAAGAUGUACAGACAACGUAUAAUAUAAUAAAGAUUUAAAACAGAGAAAAGGAAGGAGGAAAGAAACUGAGAAGGCUGAAAUAAGAAAGAGAAAAAAGAAAACAAUUUACCCACAAUUAAUAAAUAAUAUAUGUAUAUAGCCAUUUUUAAAAAAAAAUAAAAUAUAUCUCUGAUCAUGGAAAAAUAUUAACAGUAAUAAAAGCUUUGCAACAGUUAAUUAUAGUAAUUUUGGGUGAAAACGCGGGUACUUAUAGGUGACAUAAAAAACCACAAUUUUUUUUAUAAAACUUGUGAAUCUCAAUUUUUUGCUAUAUAAAUCUCAAUUUAAUUAAUAUGGACUUAAAAGUUAUUAAAUAAUGAAAUUUUUUCUAGAAGUGGAGUAUCUGUAGUAUAUUUGGAUGGUGAUAAAAAAAUUGUGAAUAAUUUAUGAUUUUUUUAAAAAACAUAACGUCGCUUAGUUUAUCCAGACAAAAAUCCUUUUUAAAUGGUUUUAACAAUGUCAAACUCUUCAUUUGAUGUGAAUUUUUUCUAGUUUACAGUGAAGCUGUUUUUAAUUACAUAAAUCGAAUGUUUCUUUAAUCAUUGCUUCCUAUUCAACAAAAGCAUGAUAAUUAAAAGAAGACAUAUGUUAAGGUAUCUCUUAUCACCUUGUUUGCUGCAAGGAGGCCGUCUUGAUAAUCUGCAAGUUGUGAUUCAGAAGCAGGCAACUACCUGUCUUUGGAUUUCCACUAGGUAUAGUACUAUUUCUUUGAGGAAGGUGAACCAAUCUAGAAAAUGAAGUUGAAAUUUAUUGGCGGACCCAUGGAAGGAAUCUCAACCUUUUCACUCUGGUUAGAAUAGAUUUGGUUGAACCUUGGAAUAGGCCAAACUUCCCCUUCCACCUCCUCUACCUGUAUACUACAAAUGUCAAAGUAAGAGGUAAUUAAAGAUCAAAAACAAAAAAAAAGCAUCUUAUUAAAUAUGACUUAGAGGUAAGAAUACUUCCGAUGGCGGCGUCAAUAAUUAGGAAGUCUCCUUUCACUGACACAUUUCUUCUAUAUAUCUCAACAUUGAAAUGAAAUAAAAUGAAAAAAUAAUUUUAUUCUGGGACUACUGUCCCCUAAGAAUAAUAACAGAGUUACAAAUUUAUGUAUCUUAGUCUGACAUAAUAAAAAUACCAACUAAUUUAUUGUUAAUUCUUAUUUCAAUUGUGCAAUGGAUUAAAAUUAAACAUUGUAUAGAUGCAAGUAAUUUUACAUGUUAGGGGAAGUUUGAAUGUGGAGUAGGUGUUGGAACAGGAGUUGUUUGAAUGAAUUUGUGGAUAAGGAUUGACGCAUGGGGGUAGGAAGUGAGUUCCAUAAGGAAGCAACACGAAUGACGAAGGAUUUGCUGAAGGAGGAAGUUUUAUGGGAGGGAAUAUAUAAGUCUAUAGGUUGAGACCUAGUAUUGAGAGAGUGGAUAGAGGAGCGCAGAGUAAGGAGUUCCAGGAUGUAGGGAGGGUUUUUAGUUCUGAAGACUUGGAAAAGGAAAACGCCAAGAAGGAAUUGUCGUCGGGAAGUAGGAUAAAGCCACUUCAACUCGGUGUACCAUAGUGAAACAUGUGAACAUCUGGGAAUCCCGAAAAUGAAUCUUAUGAAACAAUUCAUGAGUCUUUUUAGUCUCAAUUCCAGCCUGGCAGAUAGCCCUCCAUACACCAAGCAGCCGUAGUCGAAGUGGGGGAAUACAAGGAGCUGUCUGGUUUUUAGAGGAAUACAAUCACGGAAUCUUAGGAGUUGUUUAAGGGCAGUUAUGGAUUUUCGGAUAAUCUGGGAGAUAUGAUUAUCCCAGGAGAGGUUCUAGUCAAAGGUUACUCCUAGGUUUUUGACUGUAGGGAAAAAAUGGAUGGGAUGGUUAUUGAGGUAAAGUAGAGGAGAGUAAAGAAGGGAGCUGAUGAGAUUUUUGGAGACGAUGAUAAUAGCCUUGGUUUUAUCUGCAUUCAGCUUUAAUUCAUUUAUUUCUGCCCAUCUGUUGAUGCAGUCGAUAUCCUCUUGUAGCCUCCGGGCAGCCUCAGGCAUCUCAGAAGGUUGGAAUGAUUGGUAUAUUUGGAAAUCAUCGGCAUAUAGAUUGUUACCUAAACAUUAAGAGUACCUUUAAGUUCUGCUAAGAAAACACAAAUUUUCACUAUAAUUUAUUUUGCGAAUAUCCAAGUUAUAAUUUCAGAAAAUAUAAACCAAAUUUGGCAAUUAAUAUAUAUGUUACAAUAAGAAAAACAUUUUCAUUCACAAUAAAAUGAACAAUUAGAAAAAUAUUAAACAAACAAUAGAUAGAAAAUGGACAAAUAAAUAAGGGAAAUGAUUAAGACCAACCCUUUAUAUAGUCAGUGUAACAAUGAAAGGAUCAUAAGGAGGUUCCUGAAUAAGACAAUUGUAAAAAAAUAUGACUUCACAAGAAGUUACGGAAUUUACCUACAUCACAAUUUUUUAGGGACAAAUUAAAAAAGGUAAUAACAUCAAAUUUAAAAUUGUAAAUUAUAUUUGAAUGUUAAGAUAAAUUAUUAUAACAGUAAAAAUAAAAAAAGGAAAAAUUUUAAAUUGUUUAUUUAUUUUCUGUUAGUAUUACAUUAACUUGUUUAUUAUUUUUGUUUAUAUAUAUAUAUAAUAUUAUUGUUUAUAUGCAGCAUUAAGAUGUUAUUCACAGGAGUGUAACAUCCAGCUGCUGCAAACACCUGUAUAGUUCCUAGUGGGGUAAGAUGGAAAUUAAUUUUAAGAAGACACAUGUAUUUUAUAGUAGUAAUUUUAUCAUAGAAAAUCCCUGAACAUGGAGCAGAGUGCCAAAACGUUGAAUAUAUAACUGGAUUAUGUAUAAAAAAUAAAAUAUUUACACGAGUUAAAUUAGAAUUAUCCUUCCUGUAUAGAGUAAUUUAUCAAAAUACAACUUUUCAUUUAACUAAUAUUUUUUAUAACUUCAUAACUAUUUAUGAAACAGUAAUUCCUUACAGUACUGAACCCAAGACCUUUGCUGUAGUGAUACAGUUUUUUUACUUUCACUUGCAUAUAUAUAAGAUACAUUAAAGGAAAGUAUUGUGAUCAUGAAAAUGUUCGAAUCUGAGUUUUCAAUGGAAAUACAUGUUUUGAGAUCUCCUGAGUCUUAAUAACCAAGUUCCACAUUAUAGUCUGUGUGUAUGUUUGUGAGGAGUCUAGCUCAAAAACGAAAAGUGGUAUGAAAGUGAAAUUGCGCAUUUGAUGAUCCUAUAUACCACUAGCAGACCCAGGAUUUAAUUUUGGGAGGGGCUUCAUCCCGAAAGCUUUUUUUUUUUUCAUUUAUAUAACGAUAAUUAUUUUGAAAAAAAAAGAAAGGUACUAACUGCCUACAUGAAAUGAUGUUUAAGUUCUUGAAGUCCUGUAAAAUGUAACCACCAUUUUGGAGGGAGGGGGGAAGGUUCAGGCCCAAAGCUCUCCUCUCCAUA